AUUUGUACGUGGAGAAAGGUCAAGCUGCUGGCCACCAGCUGGCCCCUCAGACGGGAGAUGUGUUGUUGGGCACUGCAGCUGUGCCUCUGGUGUCACUGUCGACCAGACGUACAGGCAUCAAUGGAUGGGUCAUCUUGCCUGCUUUAGGCUGGACUAGGCCAGUUGAGGAGACUGAUGCCCAGGAUCACACAGCACUAGACCAGACAUCAGAAAAUGAAAAAGCCAUCAACGAAUCCGAAGUUUCGGUGUCGGGCUCAGAGACUGACCAAUCCUCUAGUUACUCCCUUCACCGGUCAUCCAGAGAAUUCAGCAUCAACAAGUCACCCAGGAAGCAGCCAUAA